AUGGCUAGCACUGGAAGUGGCUCACGCUCACAUGGAAAAUUAGCUUUAGUCAUUGGUAAUAACAGUUAUAGUAAGCAUUCAUUAACCAAAUCUGUUAACGAUGCAACUGAUUUGAGUGACACAUUACGAAAAAUCGGGUUUGAUGUUGAACUCGGUAUUGAUUGCAACCACCAAAAAAUGACACAAUUAAUUGAAGGGUUUGCCAGUAGAAUUAAAAAUCAAGAUUUGGUUCUAUUCUACUUCUCGGGUCAUGGUGUUCAAUGGCAAGAACAAAAUUAUCUGUUACCUGUAGAUGCUGACGAAAAAAUCAGAAAAGAAGCCGAUAUCAGAGAGAGCGCUAUCAAUGCUCAAAGAAUAUUAGAGAAAUUUGCAGCUCAAACAUUGUAUGUAACAGUAUUCAUAUUGGACUGUUGUAGAGAAUAUGGGGUAGAAAAUCUAUCAACAUUUGGAAAUUUCAAGGGCGCAUCUGGAUUACGUCCGAUGAAAGCACCUGGCGGUUCUCUUAUUCAGUUUGCUUGCGACGCUGGCGCUGUAGCAACAGAUGGGUAUGGAACAACAGAUCGAAAUGGAUUGUAUAUAAAACAUUUACUUCAGCAUAUAGCUACCCCGAAGAAAGACAUUGAUAAAAUAUUUGCUGCAGCUGCUACUAGUGUUUAUCAGGAGAGUAACCGGAAACAACAGCCAUUUCGUGUUAGUUCCAUUAUGAUAGAUGAACCCAUCUAUUUAAAUUAA